AUGGCAACCUUGUACCCAUCACUCGAGGACCUGAGGGUGGACCAAGUCCUGAAGGCCCAGGCCAACAUGGCCCCUCCGGUGCUGGUCUCGGCUCCGGUUCCAGCUCCGUUCUCCGUUCUGCCUCCACCCCCAUCUUCAGCUCCAGCUCCUGCUUUGGUUUCCGCUUCAGUUCCAGCAGCUGCCCCAGUGUUGUACCCCAACCUUUCAGAACUCAAUGAUUAUAUGGGGCUCUCCCUUUCCAGCGAGGAGGUCCAGAAAAACCUGGCGCUUGUCCCAGCAGGCAGCAAUGCCGUGGUCCCAGCUGUUCCGGUGCAUGGCGGGAUGGCCGCCCCCGUGACAGGAAACAACCUGGGGAUGCGUCGGGCAGAGAUCAAGCCAGGACUGCGGGAGAUCCACCUCUGCAAGGAUGAGCGAGGGAAGACGGGACUGCGGCUGAGAAGCAUUGACAAGGGGAUGUUUGUCCAACUGGUCAAGGCCAACUCUCCGGCAGCUCUGGUGGGGCUGCGCUUUGGGGAUCAGGUCCUCCAAAUCGACGGGAAGGACUGCGCCGGAUGGAGCACAGACCGGGCAAAGAAGGCCCUGAAGAAGGCCUCCCCGGAGAAAAUCGUCAUGGUUGUUCGAGACAGGCCUUUCCAGCGCACGGUGACCUUGCACAAGGACAGCACCGGCCACGUGGGCUUUGUGGUCAAGAAAGGGCUGAUCGCCUCGAUCGUCAGAGGCAGCUCUGCGGCUCGCAACGGGCUCCUCACCAACCACUACAUCUGCGAGGUCAACGGCCAGAACGUCAUUGGCCUCAGGGACCGGGACAUCACGGAUAUCCUGGCCAACGCCGGUGACAUUGUCACCAUCACCAUCAUCCCUGCGGUGAUCUAUGAGCACAUGGUCAAAAAGCUUUCUCCAGGACUUGUGAAAGCAUCUAUGGAUCACUCAGUCCCUGAUGUUUAA